UAAAAAAGAAGAAAGAGAGAGAGAGAGAGAGAGAGAGAGAAAGAAAGAGACAAAAGGAGAGGCUUUUCGAAGGAUGAUCGACUAUAUGAUUUUAGAAGCUAAUCAGGAUGAACCCGAUACUAGCAGUUGAAUUAUUGUUCUUCGCCAUCUUCGGACAGACAACUCAUGAGCAGUUCAAAGUCGAACCUUAUCAACCCGAAUGGACCACGGUCCUAUUCAAGCUCGCCUUCGGAAUUUACAUGUUGGUAUCGGUGGUCGUGUUGAUAAACCUCCUGAUCGCCAUGAUGAGCGACACUUAUCAACGGAUACAGGCUCAAUCUGAUAUCGAAUGGAAAUACGGAUUGAGCAAACUCGUUAGAAAUAUGCACAGGACAACUACGGCGCCGUCUCCCCUAAACCUUUUAACUACUUGGCUAACAUACUUCUUCAAAGUCUGCAAAAAACGUAUGGCGAAAAAGCAAAGGCCAUCCUUGAUGCAUAUGAUGGGCUUGCAAAGGACUAGAAUGUCACCACGUUCGAGAAUGGGAGCAAAGUGGUUAUCGAAAGUGAAGAAGACUCAAGUAAUGCACAAGGACAGCGUUGCUUUGUCUGUGGUACACUUGAGUCCAUUGGGAAGUCAAUUAUCUUUCAACAAUGCGAUUAGAAUUGACAAUGUUGUCGACUGGGACGUAGUUAGACGAAAAUAUCGUGAUCUCUAUGGUGACAAUGUUGAGAAAGUUGCCGAAGAAGCUAAAGAAGCUGUAGAAACGGAUCUUUUAGCUGCCUUUGAGGAACCAUCGUCCACUGGUCCAACUAGAAACGAAACGUCUGGCUCACCAAAUGCCUGAUCAAAGGCUACCAUGGAAAUACCUGUCUGCUUAGGGAACC